AUGUUCAGGUUCUUCUGCAAUCAAUGGACUCCUCCCUCUCUAACCACACAAGUAUCCGUUGUGUUGAUGGAUUUUGCCAAACUCGAUGACAUUCUUGAACGCAUCACAUCGCAGCACAGGCUGCCAGUACAGGAGGUAUUGGACAGAUGGUUAGAGAUGCGACGAGUCUGUGUUCCCGAUGGAUGGAGGCUUCUAGAUGGUAUACCUUGCAUCAUUGGAGGCUUGACAGCACUUCUUGCCUGUCGCGGCUGUAUCCUCCAAUACUACCCAGAAAAUAUCCUCAUGCCCAGUGAGAGAUGUGCCACAGUGGCAAGGAGCAAGGGCAUACAUGACCUCUCUCUUCGUGAACACUUGGUCCUCGCAGAUACCCUCAAGAAGGACACACUCACUGUCAAAUCUGUCACCACGCUGGAUGCCCACAAAGAUCUUAUGGUGUUGUGUGUUCCCGUCAUGAUCGGAGAAACACCUGUAGGAGAUCCUCUGAUCAUUCAUGGGAGGCACAAGUUUGCCAAUGGAUGGAUCAAUAGGCUUGGCUUGGCUAGUCCGGAUGACACCUCACCAUCAAACUCUCAUCCUGCAUCAUCUCAUCAGCGGAGACCCCAUGUUUUCAUAGAGGUAACACUCCCCCCACCCUCCUGGAGGUUGAAUGGAACAAGGGAACACUCACCAGUCCUGGGUACCAAUGACUCCAGUGAAUGCUCACCAGUCCUGAGUACCAACAACUCUAGUGAUCUUGUCCCACAGAUCACCUGCCUUAGCCCACAUGCUAUGGCCACCGAAGAUGAUGGAACGGUUGAGGAUAUCAUUAUCGAGGACAAAGAAGCCACCGUUGAGGAUGAAGUGGAAGUUGAUGAACUUUUGGGGUUGCAAGAAAGUAAUGUAGUUGUGUAG